GGUUCCUGAACGCGGCGGGAUGGGAAUUGGGGCAGGGGGCGUCUCGGGUGAGUGGCGCUGUCACUCCAGCUCCCCGCUGAUCUCCCUUGGGUCCUCCGGUGGGGACGCCGGGAUCCGGCCUCCGAGCCCGACUGGAGAUCUCGCGCCUGGGGUGAGAGCCCACGGUUGCGAGGUGGCGAGGGGGGGGCAAGGCUUCCCCUCCCCCGCCUCGCUGUGGUUACCCCAGAUGUCCAGGCGCCCCAAAGCCGGGCGCAGGUGGCAGUGGGACGGGGCGCGCGUGCCCGCGGGUGAGUUUCCUUUUGACCUAGUUGCCUGAGAACUUUUCAGAAGUUACUCGCGUGGCCGGGGCAGGUGACAUUGGUCGCCUUCCUCCUCGGGCUCCCUAGGGGGAGGGUGCCCGAGCUGCGGCGUGUGCCCAGCGCCCCCGGCAGGCGGGGGUCAGGGAGGGUUUGGAGGGAUGAGUGAGGAAUGAGCGAGGCUUGGUGAGUCACGGACCCCGGGAUGGAGGGGGGUGGGGAGAAGGAUUGUGUCGUAUGUUCACCUGUCACCGUCACACUCAGAGGCCACUGCCGUGAGUCACGGGGCGCAGCUACACCGACCACCCGCGGGCACACGUAGGCUCUCUCCCACGCACCUCUACUCCCUCUUCUGCACGCAUUUCCUCUCCUUCCUCAGUUUCCCCUUCCCGGAGGUCCUUUCGCCUUCAUGUACUGUAGAAAAGCCUACACCACGGCAACGGCCACACACUUAGUCACUCGGGUUGCCGAUACAGUCACUCCCAGAUGUAGCCCACCUUCCUGACAACAGAGAGUUCCUCCCUCCUCUCUAGCUACCCACCCAACACCUCUGGACCGAAGUCUCAGCCUUCUGCAGAGAGCGUCUGUCCUCGGCUGUUGGAACCGCCUACCUCCCACCAUGACCGGGCUACUGAAGAGGAAGUUUGACCAGCUGGAAGAGGACGACUCCAGUUCCUCCUCCUCCUCCUCCUCCUCCUCCUCCUGGGUCUCUAGCCGGCUCUCUCUCUCCUCCUUCCCCGCCCCUUCUGCCUCCCCUGCCUGGAACUCUGAUGAGGAGGGACCAGGUGGUCAGGCACCCCAGCCUGAUCAGGACUCCUGUGGCCUCCGGAGUUUCACUCCCCCGUCCAUCCUGAAGCGGGCUCCUCGGGAGCGUCCAGGUCACGUGGCCUUUAACAGCAUCACCGUCUACUAUUUCCCACGGUGCCAGGGAUUCACCAGUGUGCCCAGCCGUGGUGGCUGUACCCUGGGCAUGGCUUCUCGGCACAGCACCUGCCGCCUUUUCUCCUUAGCUGAGUUUACACAGGAGCAGGUCCGGGCUCGGCGUGAGAAGCUCCGCCGCCGUUUAAAGGAGGAGAAGCUGGAGAUGCUGAGGUGGAAGUUUUCAGUGGCUGGAGUUCCGGAGACAGGGGCAGGCGUGCCUCUCACAGCGGAUGCCAUCGAUGACGCCUCUGUAGAGGAGGACUUGGCAGUGGCUGUGGCAAAUGGCCGCCUGGAGGAAGCCAAUUUCCUUCAGCCCCAUCCACCUCGGCAGCGACGGGCCCUCCUUCGGGCUUCCGGCGUUCGAAGGAUUGACCGAGAGGAAAAGCGGGAGCUACAGGUGCUGCGCCAGUCCCGGGAGGAUUGUGGUUGUCACUGUGAUGGCGUCUGUGACCCUGAGACCUGCAGUUGCAGCCUGGCCGGCAUUAAGUGCCAGAUGGAUCACACGUCCUUCCCGUGUGGCUGCUGCAGGGAGGGCUGCGAGAACCCCAAUGGUCGAGUGGAAUUCAAUCAGACAAGAGUUCAGACGCACUUCAUUCACACGCUCACCCGCCUGCAGAUGGAGCAGGGUGCCGAGAGCUUGGGGGACCUGGAGUCCCCCGUGGAGGACACUCCAGUUGAACAAGCCCUGCUUUCCCCCUUUCCGCCUUCCAAGCCCCCUGUGAGCAGUGAAUUGGGGGACAGCAGCUGCAGCAGCGACAUGACAGACUCUUCCACGACCUUGUCCUCUGGCAGCAGCGAGCCUCCAAACCACCCUGCCCACCCCAGCCUGCCAGGUCCCAGCUUCCGGUCUGGCGUAGAUGAAGACAGCCUGGAACAGAUCCUGAAUUUCAGUGACUCUGACCUCGGAAUUGAGGAAGAGGAGGAGGAGGGAGGGGGUGUGGGCAACUUGGAUAACCUCAGCUGCUUCCAUCUGGCUGACAUCUUUGGUACCGGUGACCCUGGCAGCCUGGCCAGCUGGACUCACAGCCAGUCUGGCUCUAGCCUCGCAUCGGGCAUCCUAGAUGAGAAUGCCAACCUGGACGCCAGUUGCUUCCUGAACAGCGGACUUGGAGGGCUGAGAGAAGGUAGCCUCCCUAGCAGUUCUGGGCCCCCUGAGGGGGAGGCCGUCCAGAACAGCUCCUGGGACCUCAGCUUAUCCUCCUGUGACUCUUUUGAGCUUCUCCAGGCUCUGCCAGAUUAUAGUCUGGGACCUCACUAUACUUCCCGAAGGGUGUCGGGCAGCCCGGAUAGCCUUGAGACCUUCCACCCAUUGCCCAGCUUCUCUCCACCCCGGGAUGCGAGCACUUGCUUCCUGGAGUCUCUCAUGGGCCUGUCUGAGCCGGUUACAGAUGUCCUGGCACCCCUUCUGGAGAGCCAGUUUGAGGAUGCUGCCUUGGCACCUUUGUUGGAGCCUGUGCCAGUGUAAGGAUUAAGGUGCCUUCUUCCUGCCCCGAGACCCUGUUGCUGCUCUUUGUGAUCUUGGGGUUCCCCGAGGUCUAUGUAUGUAACGGUCUCCCACGGGCUGGUCCUGCUCACGGUGCCAUGUGGGCACCCUCUAUUUUUACAUUAACACUCUGAAUUUAUUUAUUUUUUUAUGUUUUUCUGUACUGAAGAAGGGAGGGUGGGGAGGGUACCCCUCUUUCAAUGCCUGGUCUCUUUAUGUCCAAACAGAGGUCUUCCACCUCCUACUGUAUGCCUGAAGGAGGAAGGGGCGGGGCUCUCCUGGAGCCUCACAUUCCCUCUUUUUUCUGUACUGUAAGAUGCUCCUUGCUCCAAAGACAGCGACGGCUGAGCGCAGGGCCUUAGGGGCUUCCUGUGAACCAUAGGGGCUAGGUCUUCUGGACUGUGAAGAUGUAAUUUAUUUCUGUAAUUUAUUUGGGGACGGAGACAGCAGUGGUGGAGCCUCUCUGGCGGGUGGGCAAGCAGUGUUGGGGCCGAGUCUUCUGUGUGCCCUGCCAAUCUGGGCUUCGGUGUGGUGUGUGGGUUCGAGCUUAUUGCUCUCUAUCAAACAGCGGCCUGGCUCAACCGAGCACACAGAGGCUGUGCUUGACCAGCGGUGACCAAAACCCCUUCUGCCCCCUGCCCAGACACUCUACUUGCCCUCUUUCCAAUUCCCUCUACCCAAGGCCAUGGAUUAUAAAGCCCCUCUGUAAGAUGGUGAGCCAGAGGCCCUAAGAGGGCAUGAAGCACACCCUGAUCACUGUCUCAGGCCUUUCUGGGCAUUGACUCGACCCUGGCCCACCUCACGCCCCCAGGCCAGUUGGCAAGGGGUGGCUCUUGAGGGCUCUUACGCCCUUCAUUAGAUGAUGUUGGAUUUUAUAUGCAUUUUUUUAUUGUCUCUAAGUGUCAGAACUAUAAUUUAUUCAUUUCUUUGUGUGUGUGUGUGUGCCAAGAAAUGCAGGCUCUGGGCCUGCCUCCUUGCCCAGGAGGCCUUGCCAGCCUGUGUGUUUGUGGGAACACACUGUACCUGAGCUGACAGGUACCAAUAAAGACGCUCUAUUUUUAA